CAGCGACAGGGAAGUGAUUACUGUCACUUAGCAAUCAGCGAGGUGAAACUUUGUGAGGAAGUGGGUUUCGCAAAGGCGGCCGAAGUGAUGGACCUUAAAAAAUCACAGCUAAACUAAAGUACAGAGUGAAAGAAGAGGAGAUCCGAUCGGAAAUGAGAACAUGGAUCUUAAGACAUGAUGUCCACUUGCCUUGCGGUGCUGGAUAUGUACUCGGGAGGACCCACACACACACACACACACACACACAGGCACCCAGACAAAAAUGACAACUUCAGGACAUGAAGCAAACCAAAGCCAGAGAGAGUCUUAGCCCAUUUGCAGAUUAGUGGCACUAAAAGAAAAGGAGAAAUUUCUGCUGGGAUCUGUCCCUCAUCUUUGUUUUUCGCCUCUCCCUCGCCCCUCGCAGAUAAACGAUGGACAGGAGUCUGCUGGACGGCGUCCCGGCCCGGGGCUGGAGGAACGCCUGCUGCUCCUACAGCACGCUGAAGGCCUGGCUGCCCAUCCUCUCCUGGCUGCCCGGCUACAAGCUCAAGUGGCUUCAGAUGGACCUGAUCGCAGGCGUCACCGUGGGGCUGACCGUGGUGCCGCAGGGCCUGGCCUACGCCGAGGUGGCAGGCCUUCCGGUGCAGUAUGGUCUGUACUCUGCCUUCAUGGGCGGGUUCAUCUACACCUUCCUGGGGACGUCCAAGGAUGUGACCCUGGGUCCCACGGCCAUCAUGUCCCUCCUGUGCUCCUCCGUGGUCGGGGGGCAGCCCAGCCGAGCCGUCCUCCUCUGCCUGCUCUGUGGCGUCAUCCAGGCCGCCAUGGCACUGCUGAGAUUAGGUUUCUUGUUGGACUUUAUCUCCUAUCCUGUAAUAAAAGGCUUCACAUGUGCUGCUGCAGUAACCAUCGGCUUUGGCCAGGUUAAGAACAUACUGGGCCUCAAAGGCGUUCCCCAGCAGUUCUUCCUGCAGGUUUACUACACGUUCCACAGGAUCCCGGAGGCCAGGAUAGGUGACGUGGUCCUGGGCCUGCUGUGUUUGACUCUUCUGGUCAUGUUGACGCUGAUGAAGGCAAGUCUGGGCCCUCCGCCUAACGACUGUCCCCCCAGCUCCAGAGUGGCCAGGAGGAUGGUGUGGGGCAUCGCUACCAUGCGUAACGCCCUGGUGGUGGUGGCUGCGUCCUGCGUGGCAUUGUCCUGGGACGCGUACGGUCAUCACGUCUUCACUAUCACUGGGAACAUCACCAAGGGCCUGCCACCCUUCAGGCCCCCACCCACCACUGACACCACAGGCAACGGCACCAUCGUCAGCUUUGGGGAGAUUGUAGAGGGCUUUGGAGGAGGACUGGCUGUGAUUCCUUUCAUGGGUCUGUUGGAGAGCAUCGCCAUUGCUAAAGCUUUUGCCAGUCAGAACGACUACAGGAUCAACGCCAACCAGGAGCUGUUUGCAAUUGGCCUGACCAACAUCAUGGGCUCCUUCGUGUCAGCUUAUCCUGUCACCGGCAGCUUUGGAAGGACGGCAGUGAACUCCCAGACGGGGGUGUGCACUCCAGCCGGAGGCAUCGUCACCAGUGUGAUAGUGCUGCUCUCCUUGGCGUUCCUCAUGCCGGUUUUCUACUACAUUCCCAAAGCUUCUCUGGCAGCAGUCAUCAUCUGUGCCGUAGCCCCCAUGGUGGAUUUUCACGCCGUGGCUAAGAUGUGGAGGAUACGGAGGUUGGACCUGCUGCCGUUCUCUGUGACGUUCCUGAUGAGUUUCUGGGAGGUGCAGUACGGCAUCUUAGGAGGGAUCGCUGUAUCGGGAGCCAUGCUGCUGUACAACACAGCCAGACCCAGAGUAAAGGUGUCUGAUCACGGCGUGUUGGUGAUAGAGCUGGGCAGUGGGCUCAGCUUCCCUGCCACAGAGUAUCUGAGCCACAUCAUACACACGAAGGCUCUGCAGGCUUCUCCCGCACGCUCGGUGGUCCUGGACUGCCUUCAUGUCAGCACCAUAGAUUACUCAGUGGUGAACGAGCUCAAGGACCUGCUGAGGCAGUUCAAACUUCGGGGAGCGGUGCUGGUCUUCUCCAGGCUGCAGCCCUCUGUUCUGCGGGUGCUUCUAGCAGCAGAUCUGCCAGGUCUCAGACACACAGACAGCGUGGAUGCGGCGCUGCAGGUCCAGAUGGAUACCCGCCUCAAUGACUGAGGGUCACCUCCGAAGGCCCAGACCCUUGUUUUUAGAUUCUUAGUUUCCUUUACAUGUUGAGACCCAGAUGCUUCCCUCCCCAAAGGUAGCACUAAGAGAUACAGACUGUCCUUUGUCCCAUCUGGUAUUGUCAUCGCAUCUCUCUUCUUUCUCCUUUGAUUCAUGGUGACAGUGUACGAUGUAUUCUAUGUAUUUGUGUUGGACUUUUGUCUUUAAGGCAAAUUGCCCUUCGGGGACUUUGAAGUUUUACUCUAACCGGCCACAACUGUCCAAUCGCAAGCUGGACGGAUGGUUUUUGAUGCUCCACGGGGGCACUGCACCAACAGACUGAUCAAUGGCACCUUCGCUGCAGGCCAGUCAGGAGACGAACAUGAUUUUCUACCUCCAACAGCCGAUGUACCGGCUGCCAAGUUGUUUAAGAGCUCCCAGUUGCCAAGUGAAGUCCACUUUUAUCCCUCCAAUCACAGGAAAAAAGCAUUGCACUGUCAAGAUUUUUUAUAUCUGCUCAUCUCGACUUUUCAAAUAACUUCCAAACACUACGACAAAUCUGGACCCAAAGUCCAGUAUUACAUUUUAUAAUAUGCUAUCUCCAUUUGUACUUUUGCUAAUAUUUGUAGGUUUAUUGUUACUUAUCUGAUGAUAUUUUGUACCUUUAUAUCUGUUGUGAUUGAGGACUUGAGAGAAGGAAGUAAAUCGGGUACAAGAUAUAUGUAUUUUGUUUUACAAACAGAGACCACACUCUGUUAACUAUGAACUAUGUAAGAACUGUCAUACAUAGUGGAGUUGGCUGAGAGCAAAUCUGGUGACAGGGAACAAGAAAAUGUAUUUAAGAAUUUAAAGGUGAAGGAUUUAACACACCAAACACUGCAUAACAUUGUGAGUUUCAUCACAAAUAAAUAUUUUUGUGUCCAUGUAAAAGAAGAGGUAAAACAUUGUACUUUCCCAAUGUUGGUGAAUAAAUGCUGCAAAAACAGUGAAAGAAGGUUAUAAAUGAAUAAUUAACACUGGAAAAUAUGUAAUUGAACCAAAUCACCAUGCCUGUUCAAGUUGUAACUGGUUCCUCUGCAGAGCUUUAACCUUAUUUGUGUUUCUAAAAAGUUUACAAUGCAACGUGAGUGACUGUGUGUGAAAGAGAGAAGUCUCGAUUAUAACAUGAAGAACUCAGCAUUGACAAUGUUGAUAGGGAAAAAAAACUUGUUAUCAAAAAGCGCAUUUUCAGAAGUUAUUUAUAUCUAUUUUUCCAUUUGUUGUGUAUUGUGCGGAUUGAGGAGGAGAGGGGAUUGAAGAGACUGAAGGAUGUUUUUGUCAGGAACAUAGACACCUAAUAGUAAGGAUACCUCAGAGCUUCACAGCAACAUGGACAAGAUUAAUUGUCUUAGUGAUGUUAUAGGGGCAUUCACUUUAAAUUAUGGUGCUGUUUGUUUUAGCAAUGCAUAUAUAGAUUCUGGACUAACUAAUCAAAAUGAGACAAAAAACAAUAAAGGCUGUUGU